AUGUCGGUAGUGCCGGGCUCUGGUCCCGGCGUCGACAGCGUCAGCACCCCCCAAGUCACCUCGUCGGCAGCAAAGGUCUUUGUCCAGAUGGUUUCGGUCGGCCCGGUCAGGGGGCCUUCACGGUGGUUCUCGCCCACCGAUGAAGACCCCGUGCAGGCCGUCACGGAUUCGUCCUAG